AUGUUUCUUCCGCCAAACUUCGAGCGCAGUAAACUAGAAACGCCAUCCAAAUCAACCUCAAUCAACUGUUUCCCGCCGGCAGAUCGUACCCACACGUAUGAGUGGGCUGGUGGAUUCACCCAGAACCAUUUCCUGGAUGAACUUAACACUGAGAACAGCGGAACUGAUAUGGACAGUAGCGCAGAGGAGUUAGAGCGGGAGUCGAACAACGUCGAAAAGAGGAAUAACUUUGGCAGGGAACUGUCCUCGGAUCUGUACACUCAGCAUCCAUCUUCAUGCGCUUGCCAAACAAAGUACGAAUUGCUCGAUCUUGGAUACACUCACUUCCCCCGCUACAUUGUUAACGCAAUCUGCCUGGAUAGGAAUUUCAACAGCCGGAAGUGCUGGCGCGGCUCUCGCUGUAGGGAAAUUCCUUACAAGGUUCGUGUUCUAACAAAGCGCUCUGAGGACGAACCUGGUGAACAGGAUAACUACUCUGCAUUACUUCCGGAACCGCUGCGAGAUUUAUGGCGUUUCAGAACUGUUACCAUUGCAGCAGCAUGUCAGUGCUCGUUGUAG